AUGAAGCAGGACGAUAUCCAGCCUCCAAGGGUGACCUCAGGCCCCGGAUAUCCCGAAGCAUUCGCGAUUCAACUUGAGACGGAGCUUUCUGCACUGCGCGAGUCUAUCGCCAGGCAGUCCAGUGAUGGGCAUUUAUUCGACAAUAGAGUAACCGUCGACACGCCAGGAUUGGGAGAGGGCCACGUCAAAUGUUCCGUCUGCUUGCCAAAAGCCCCUGUACGAACCCCGGAGUUUCCGGCGCCUCUAUCCCUGAUCAUUCUUCUCGAGGGCGGUGGCUUCGCUCUCGGCCAGCCGAGUGACGGCGAAGCGAAUGCCAAAUUCAUGUCUGACAAACUCAACGCAAUAGUCGUCUCACUCGACUACGCCAAAGCUCCCCGCUACCCCUUUCCCCACGCCCUCCUCCAAGCAUACGACGUGCUGAAGUGGUCAAUCUCGCCAGCGGCCGAGCGGACACUGGGCGUCGCAGCGGACCCAUCUCGUGUCACCGUCGUUGGCUGUUCAGCCGGCGGCAACCUCGCGACCUCGCUCUCCCUCCUCGUCGCCUUCACAGCCGGGCCGGCCGCCCCAUUCCGCGCAGCGCUGGACCCUCACUUUCGGCAGGUCGCCCAAGUCCUGGUCUAUCCCUGCCUUGCCCUUCACGAGCGGUACGGAGAACGCUUCGCGCGCGCAAGCCCCGAGGCCCAGGCCAAGAGUAUCCCUGUCGUCAUGCUUGAGAAGAUGGAGGCGGCGACUCGAUGCCCUGGGUCAAGAAGCCAUUGA